AUGCUCCUCUCCAGCCAUUUCUGCCUGGACGACGGGUGCAACACCCGGAGCCCCUUGAAUGUGAGGAGCGCCAGCAGCAGCAGCAGCAGCAGCAGCAGCAGAAGUAGGAGUGACCCCCGAGAGGGCCUAGGGGGCCCCCCAGAGGGCUUAGGAGGCCCCUCAGAGGGCCUAACGGGCCCCCCAGAGGGCCUAACGGGCCCCACAGAGGGCCUACCUGGCCCCAAAGAGGGCCUAGGGGGCCCACCAGAGGGCCUAACGGGCCCUCCAGAGGGCCUAGGGGCCCCCGCAGAGGGCCUAGGGGGCUUUGAGGCCCCCACAGAGGGCUUAGAGAGCCCUCCAGAGGGCCUAGGGGGCCCCUCCGAGGGCCUAGGGGGCCCCUCAGAGGGCCUAACGGGCCACCCAGGGGGCAUAGAGGCCCCCCCAGAGGGCCUAGGGGGCCCCCCAGAGGGCCUAGGGGGCCACCUAGAGGGCCUCGGGGGCCCCCCAGAGGGCCUAGACGGCCCACCGGAGGGCCUAACGGGCCCCCCAAUGGGCCUAGAGGCCCCCCUAGAGGGCUUAGCGGGCCCCCCAGAGGGCCUAGGGGGCCCACCAGAGGGCUUAGAGGGUCCCCCAGAGGGCCUACUGUGCCCGCCAGGAGGCAUAGAGGGCCCCCCAGAGGGUUUAGCGGGCCCCCCAGAGGGCCUAGAGGGCCCCCCAGAGUGCCUAGGGGGCCCAGCAGAGAACCUGAGUGCCACAGCAAACGGUCCAGGGGGCCCCCGAGAGGGAACGGGGGGCCCUCCAGAGAAAGUAGAUGAGGAGGAGAGGGACCGAAGGCUAGCAGACAGCGAGCAGCAAAGGCUGGCGAGGUAUGAAGAGGCGGGCCUAGGGGGCCCCCCAGAGGGCCUAGGGGGACCCUCAGAGGGCCUAACGGACCACCCAGGGGGCAUAGAGGCCCCCCCAGAGGGCCUAGGGGGCCCCCCAGAGGGCCUAGGAGGCCCACCAGAGGGCCUCCCGUGCCCCCCAGGGGGCCUAGAGGCCCCCCCAGAGGGCUUAGCGGGCCCCCCAGAGGGCCUAGGGGGCCCCCCAGAGGGCUUGCAGGGUCCCCCAGAGGGCCUACUGUGCCCGCCAGGGGGCAUAGAGGGCCCCCCAGAGGGUUUAGGGGGCCCCCCAGAGGGCCUAGAGGGCCCCCCAGAGUGCCUAGGGGUCCCCGCAGAGAACGCGCGUGCCACAGCAGACGGUCCAGGGGGCCCCCCAGAGGGAACGGGGGACCCUCCAGAGAAAGUAGAUGAGGAGGAGAGGGACCGCAGGUUAGCAGACAGCGAGCAGCAAAGGCUGGCGAGGUAUGAAGAGGCAAAACUGCAGCAGCGAACAGAACCCAAGAAACCGCCGCCCCAGAAGCGUCAGCAGCUUUCACAGCCCGUGCUGCACAGCCAUGAGCUGCUGCAGCCCGAAGAGCAGCAGCAGCAGCAGCAGCAGCAGCAACUGCAGCAACUGCAGCAACUGCAGCAACUGCAACAACUGCAACAAGAACAGCACGACAACCAGCAACAGCCGGAGCAGCAAUACCAGCAGCAGUUUCAUGAGCACCCGCAGCAGCAGCAAAGACAAAGGCAGCAAAAAAGGAAACUGCAGCAGAGAACAGAACCCAAGAAACCGCCGCCCCAGAAACGUCAGCAGCUUUCACAGCCCGUGCUGCACAGCCAUGAGCUGCUGCAGCCCGAAGAGCAGCAGCAGCAGCAGCAGCAGCAACUGCAGCAACUGCAGCAACUGCAGCAACUGCAGCAACUGCAGCAACUGCAACAAGAACAGCACGACAACCAGCAACAGCCGGAGCAGCAAUACCAGCAGCAGUUUCAUGAUCACCCGUAUGAGCAGCAGCAACAGCAGCAGCAACAGGAGCAGCAGCAACUGCAGCAGCAGCAGCAGCACACAGCAGCUCAUAUCAACGAUGCUUCUUCUCUCUCUAACCUAGACGGAAUGCAGCAGCAGCAGCAGCAGCAGCAGCAGGCCCCUGAGAAUGCGCUGCUGCCUCCAUCUUUGCUGGCAGCAGACGCAGCAGCAGCAGCAGCAGCAGCAGCAGCAGCACAAGCAGCACUGUCUGCAAUAACAGCAGCAGAAGCAUCGCCGCUCCCCUUAGCAGCAGCAGCAACAGCAGACACAGCAGCAGCAGCAGCAGCAGCAACAGCAGCAACUCUGACUCCUCCACCCAAACCCGCUCCCCUUAGCAGCAGCAGCAACAGCAGACACAGCAGCAGCAGCAGCAGCAGCAGCAACAGCAGCAACUCUGACUCCUCCACCCAAAGCUGCCCCCCGAAAGCAAGCAGCACUAGCUGUUCCCGCAGCUCUCGGGAGCAGCAGCAGCAGCAGCAGCAGCAGCAGCAGCAGCAGCAGCAGCAGUACCGGGUUUCAGUCUACAGGAGGAGACAGCAGCAGCAGAGACAGCAACGCCACAAGUACCUGAUUUCCAGCAGAUACCACAAGGGGAGGAGUUGCUGCAGCAGCAAGCGCAUUUGCUGCUACUGCAGCAGCAGCAAACACCGCUGGAGCAGCAAACACUGCUGGAGCAGCAAACACUGCUGCAGCAGCAAGCCACCGCAGCAGCAGCAACCGCUGCAGCAGCAAACACCGCCGCAGCAGCAGCCCCCUAAAAGGCCCAGAGCCAGAGUUCGCCGCCCCGCCCAACCACGCCAAAAGCAGCAGCAGCAGAAACAGCAGCAGCAGCAGCAGCAGCAACAGGAGGAGCAGCAGAAGCAGCAGCAGGAGCAGCAGCAACAGGCCUUCGUUGCUGCUACCACUGCUUCUCCCGAUGAAGCGGCUCCCACCGCUUGGCCUAACGGAGAUGGUGGCUGUUUGUCUGCUGCUGGCAGCAGCAGCAGCAACAGCAGCAGCAGCAGCAGCAGCAGCAGCAGCAAUGGGUGGCACAGCAGCAGAAACAGCAGCAGCAGCAGCAACAGCAGCAGCAGCAACAGGAGGAGCAGCAGAGGCAGCAGCAGGAGCAGCAGCAGCAACAGGCCUUCGUUGCUGCUACCACUGCUUCUCCCGGUGAAGCGGCUAGCACCGCCUGGCCUAACGGAGAUGGUGGCUGUUCGUCUGCUGCUGGCAGCAGCAGCAGCAACAGCAGCAGCAGCAGCAGCAGCAGCAGCAGCAAUGGGUGGCCGAUCGCAGGAUUUCCUUCACCCGUGCAGCAGCAGUACUACCAUCAGGAGCAACAGCAGCAGCAGCACCACCACAACCCGCACGAGCAGGAGCACUACCAGCACCAGCAGCAGCUGCAGCAACAACAGUUGCAGCAGCAGCAGCAGCAGCAGCAGCAGCAGCAGCAGCAGGAGCAGGAGGAGCAGCACCCUUUCCCGUACAAAAGGUUACUUGUAUCCGAUGGGCCAGAAUGUGAGCAGGCAACAACAGUUGCAGCAGCAGCAGGAGCAGGAGCAGCAGCAGCAGCAGCAGCAGCAGGAGGAGCAGCACCCUUUCCCGUACAAAAGGUUACUUGUAUCCGAUGGGCCAGAAUGUGAGCAGCAGCAAGAGUAUGUGCCGCAGCAACCAACAGGUUCAAUGACCCCCAUGCAGCAGCAGCAGCUGCAGCAACAGCAGCAGCAGCAACAGCAGCAGCAGCAGCAGCAGAAGCAGCUGCAGCAGCAGCAGGAACGGCAGCAGUAUCAGAUGCCUUACAGAUUAUCGCAGCAUGAGGUGUACGGGCAGCAACCGCAUUCUUAUCUGCAGCAGCAGCACGAGAAACUGCAGCAGCAGCAGCAGCAGCAGCAGCAGCAGCAGCAGAUGCUGCAGCUGCAGCAGCAGCAGCAGCAGUCUGGGUGUCCUCAAUGCCGUCAACAAUAUCUCGAGUUGCCGUUCAUCUACACAAAAGAAGAGAUACAGCAGCAGCAGAUGCUGCAGCUGCAGCAGCAGCAGCAACAGUCUGGGUGUCCUCAAUGCCGUCAACAAUAUCUCGAGUUGCCGUUCAUCUACACAAAAGAAGAGAUAUGCUGCAGCUGCAGCAGCAGCAGCAGCAGUGUGGGUGUCCUCAAUGCCGUCAACAAUAUCUCGAGUUGCCGUUCAUCUACACAAAAGAAGAGAUGGAGUUUGCAAAGCGAACACUAUUUCAGGACCCCCAGCAGCAGCAGCAGCAGCAGCAGCAACAGCAGCAGCAGCAGCAGCAGCAGGUCGCCAUACAAAACUCGAGAAGGCCCAGUCAAUACAUUUGGGGGUCCCUUGUAG